CACUGCGCAUGCUCCGUACAGCAACAGGACUGUGGGCAGUUGGUUCCUCCUCAGAGUCAGAGAGUUAGCAGCGCUGCUAAGUUACCAUCAGCAGGUGAGAUCACUGUCACAGACCAACACAUCUGAACUACAAGCUGUCCGGAGGUUCAACAACACAGAGGCUCUGGGGUGGAGCAUCGGGUGCCCUCCAGACAAGCAAAAAAAGCAGAAAGCAUUACUGGCCUGGCCGGACGGAGCUGUUUUGGAGACUACAGUGGAGUCCAGACCGGAGAAGAGAGAGGCCGAGGAGGAAGCAUGUCCACCAACGAGGAGCCCACGUACACAGUCAAGCUGAUACAGCUGCUGCUGCUUUCCACCUACUGGGGGAUGCAGAUCUGGGUCACUUUCAUUUCAAGCUUUGUGAUGGACAACCACCUGAACAGACACACCUAUGGGUUCAUCCAGAGUCGUCUCGUCCCGUUCUACCUCCACUUGGGUUCAGCUUGUGCCUUCUUUAACCUCACUAUCUACGCUGUGUACCAUCCCUGCGACAUGCUGGACGAAAGAGAAUCCUUUCAGAUCUUCAUCUUCUUCGUGUCGGUGACAGUUGCGGCCGUCAACGCUCAGUGGUUUGGCCAAAUGACAUCAGAGAUCAUGGCGGACAUGCACCUCAUCGAGCAGGCUUGCGGAUUGGGCCAGGACAUCGGCCUGUCGUCGAACCGCGAAGCUUACGCCAAGCUGUGCGAGACGGACGUCAAAUACAGACACCUCAGUGGUCGUCUGUGGCUGUACAGACUGCUGUCCUCGCUCUGUAACCUCUGCUGCAUCGGCUGCAACUUCUACAGUCUCUGCUACAUGGCCGAGAACCUCGGCAAACUUUAAACUGACAGCUGGACUGUUAAAUCGUUGAAAAAUAGAAGUCACUCCCUUACAAAUCUAAAUUCCCUAUUUUUUUGUAUCAAAGCAGUAAGUUAUAUAUUUAAUACACAGGGUCAGUAAAGUUGCAGACAAAUCAGUUCCUGCAAUGAGUAAUGCCUCACCUUUCACCUAGUGUGGCUGAGGCUGGCGGCGGCCUUGAUAUUUCCCUCUAUCAUUACGAUAUGGUACCUUUCAGGAACCUAAACAUGAGGGAUGUUUUUUAAAAAAACAUUGUACUUGCAGGUCCAGAGACACCUUAGCAGAAAAGAGCCAAAUGUGCUGCACAUUUUUUAUAUGUAAGCAAAAGGAUUUUUAUUUAGGGAACUGCUCGCAUCGCUGACCCGUCCUGCUCUUCCUGUUUGGGUGUAGUUUCAAUACUUUGCAGCGUCACAGGUUUGUCGGGCUUACCUUAUGUCAACCUCAGAGCACCUGUUAAGUGAAAGGUUGUAUUAUCUUUAGAGCUCCUGGCUGCUUGCUGCUGGUCUGACAAAAAAAAAAAAGGGUUCAAACACUUUUACUACAUGGUAUACAAUCAAUACUGCUCUUUUAGUGCAUCCAAAACACACUUGCACCUGUUGGGAUUUGUUUAUUGGUAUAUUGGAAUUAGAAUUUAUUGGUGUUCAUAAACAGUUUAAGUGUAUUGGCCUGUAAUGAUGUAAGGAUGAAUCGCUGUCGCACAGCAGGUUGGUCUAGUUGUGAGAGUAGAAAGGAGAGUAUUGUUUAGACGAUGUGAGUCUAUUUCGACUAAAUGUCUGUAAUGAUAAUAAUACGGAGACCCCAGAAAAUCGCAGUGGGGAUAAACUUUCUGAACUAAUUUUGCGCUCAUGUACAUUAACUUUUCAAGUGUAGUUCAGAAGGAAAACCGUUCAGGGGCUCCGUACAGCUGUCUAUUUGAAGACCUGAAUGAUAUCUUUGCACUCAGCCCUUUCACUAAUCAUCCCAGUAUGACCUCCAUGACCUUACAGUGUGCCUCAAUUGAAAUUACAUCACAUCUAUAUAUAUAUAUCGAUAUAUAUAGAUAUAGAUAUCGAUAUAUAGAUAUCGAUAUCUAUAUAUAUAUGUGUAUGUAUAUGUGUAUAUGUAUAUGUAUAUAUAUAUAUACAUAUAUAUGUAUAUAUGUAUAUAUAUAUAUGUAUAUGUAUAUAUGUAUAUAUGAUAUAUGUGUUGGUGAAGGAAUUCAAAGAUUUACAAAGCUGUCUAGUUUGUAACUUGAAUUCCUGAAGUGUGUUUUGCUUUGUCCUCUAACGCCUCCAUGUGCCGUAUGUCAGUCAGUCUGAAUGUGCUCAAACAUUAUGCAGCUGUGAGGGGAAAUUACGCUGCCGUGACUGGAAUCAAAGCCAAAUCAUAUUUGAGUUGUACUCGCACUACAGAUGUGUUCUGUGCAGUACACUUCUCAGGUUGUCAGUUAGUCAUUGUUUGAAUAGCUUUGCCUUGUUUUGUUUGUUUUGUGUGCAGAGACGAUCUGGGGUCAGAUUAGUUUAAAGGAGCAGUGUGUAGGAUCUGGCGGCAUCUAGUGGUGAGGCUGCAGAUUACAACCUACUGAAACUUCUCCCGUGUGAAAAGCGUAGGGCUGGGUAUUGCAAGUCAAUACCUUUAAGGUAUCAACUGAAACGACUAGGUACCAAGUAGUAUCGAAACUUCUCCAGUCAAGUGAUACCAGCGAUCGUUAGAUUGGAGAAGAGUUGGAAACAUAACAUGGCGCCAAAAUGAACUAAAUGUGUUUUAUUUCUAUAAAAAAAAAAGCCAAACGACGGUGGGGGCGGUGGGCACGUAAUGUAAUCGGUGUUUGCCCGACCACCGUGUAACUCCAACUACCGCGGCAAGUCUACUGCGAAUGUCUCUAUCUAGAGCCAGAGUUUGGUUUGUCCGUUCUGGGCUACUGUAGAAACAAAUAAGAGGACCCGCUCCCUUUGUAGACAUAAACAGCUCAUUCUAAGGUAACGAAAACACAACGAUUCUUAUUAUCAAUGGAUAAUACACUGAAGAAAACAUACUUAUUAAUAUUAUAUUCCAUCUCUGCCAAUAGAUCCCACUAAAUGCUACACACUGCUCCUUUAACAAACCUCUCCGUGGUAUGACUACCCCUCUUUUUUUGGUAACUGUGCAGGUGAAACUCUUCAAUCGAUGUGUUUAAGUUCUUCUAGUUUGUGUUGGCCUGUAAUACACGUCCAUUUAACCAAAGUAAGAAAAGCCAUCAGCAUCAACAUGUAAUCAGGGCAGGAGUAGGUGAGUACUGAUUCUGAAACUUCUUUUUUGUUGUUUUUCCUUUAGUUUGUUCAGGCUGGACUGAUGAAGGUGCUUAUAAUGUACCAAAGACAAUGCAAUAUUACCUGGUUUUAACCUGCAGACGUCCUUUUUUAUUGUGCUGCGUGUUCGCUCGGCCAGUUGAAAUUCAUCUAAAAUUUGAAAGCAAAUCAAUUGACAGUUUUGUGCAUGAACACAAAAACGUGUACUGUUUAAGACCCUUUACAUGAAUUUGUGGAUAUUUAUGCCAGUUUCUUAAUGUGUUUGAGAUGAUGGGUUAUAAUUGGUUUGUGUAAUAAUACUGAAUGUAAGUUGCCUAAGACCAGUGAGGUCAGAGGUCAUGAGCGGUCAGGAGUGGUUGGUAGUGGGUUUGUAUCAAAAGAUGUUUUAACAUUUAUGAUGUUUUUUAUUUUGUUUUGUAUGUUUUGUGCUUCACCUUUGAAAUAAAUGAACACGUGGUCAGUUUA